UCUUUCCCCAGCUUUAUUCAGAAAUAAGAGACGGGUCACAAUCACGAACGAUAUAUAAGAAUCCCUGGAGCCCUAGAACAGGUCCCAUCGGGGAACAGGGAGAGCGAGAGCGAGAAGGGUGGAAGGCUUGGAGCUCGCGAGCUCCUCCAUCCAUGGCGGACACGGAGGCACCAAGGAACGGCAAGAAGGAGAUCGCCCCGGGGGCCAUCCUCCUCGGCCGGUACGAGGUGGGUAAGCGCCUUGGCCAUGGCACGUUCGCCAAGGUGUACUACGCCCGCAACGUCAAAACCGGCGAUUGCGUGGCCAUCAAGGCCAUCGACAAGGAAAAGAUUCUCAAGGGCGGCCUCGUCGCCCACAUCAAGCGCGAGAUCGCCAGCCUCCGCCGCGUCCGCCAUCCAUACAUCGUCCAGCUCUUCGAGGUCAUGGCCACGAAGACCAAGAUCUACCUCGUGAUGGAGUACGUUAGCGGCGGCGAGCUUUUCUCCAAGGUCGGCAAGGGCCGCCUCAAGGAGGACAUCGGCCGCCGCUACUUCCAGCAGCUCAUAUCCGCCGUCAGCUUCUGCCACGCCCGCGGCGUCUUCCACCGCGAUCUCAAGCCCGAGAACCUCCUCGUCGACGAAAACGGCGACCUCAAGGUCUCCGACUUCGGCCUCUCCGCCCUCUCCAACCAGAUCCACCAAGACGGCCUCUUCCACACCUUCUGCGGCACCCCGGCCUACGUCGCUCCCGAGAUCCUCGUCCGCAAGGGCUACGACGGUGCCAAGGCCGACAUCUGGUCGUGCGGCGUCAUCCUCUUCCUCCUCAUGGCCGGAUAUCUCCCCUUCCAUGACCAGAACAUCAUGGCCAUGUACAGGAAAAUCUACAAAGGAGAGUUUCGGUGCCCGCGGUGGUUCUCGCUAGAACUCACCCGCCUCCUCACUCACCUGCUCGACACAAAUCCCCAGACGAGAUUCACCAUCCCCCAGAUCAUGGAGAACCGGUGGUUCAAGAAGGGUUUCCGCCGCGUCCGAUUCUAUAUCGAGGAUGACCAAUUGCAUAGCCUGGAAGAUUGGGAUGGCGGCGAUGGCAGCGCCCCGCUGCAGGACCAGCAGGAGAAUCUGGAGGAAGCCGAGGCCUCCGAGUCCGGGUCGGAGUCCGACUCCUCCGUUGCAUCCUGCCCUGCGACCCUUUCUGAAGAGCGCCAGAAGGCAGGGCUCCCGCGGCCGGCCAGCUUGAAUGCGUUCGAUAUAAUUUCGUUCUCGAGGGUUUUCAAUCUAUCCGGGCUGUUUGAGGACAGAUGGGAGGAGGCCAGGUUUAUCUCGGGGGAGCCCGUGUCGAAGAUUAUAUCUAAAUUGGAGGAGAUUGCGAACGUGGUGAGCUUCACGGUGAGGAAGAAGGAUUACCGGGUCAGCUUGGAAGGGACGAGGGAGGGAGAGAAGGGGCCGUUGACGAUAGCUGCAGAGAUUUUUGAACUCACCCCGUCGCUUGUGAUGGUCGAGGUGAAGAAAAAGGCAGGGGAUAGAGAUGAGUACGAGGAGUUUUGUAACAAGGAGCUGAAGCCAGGGUUGCAGAAUCUCAUGUACAGAGCACAAGUUGAUGCACAUUGAGCCUUCUCAUUAUGUGACGAGUUUCUUAUUUUACAAAGUUUCCGUAUGCUUGGGUUCUUCCACACAAGGUUAAGUGGAUCUGUGGAUAAAUAGUUCGUUUCAUAUCAGGCAUGGAUACACUUUGGUGUAUGGGAAAGAUGGUGAUGAUUAAUAUAUUAAGUACUGCCACAGAAGUGACCGCUGGAGGCGGCUUCUUAUGAGUUGGAGCUAUAUAUAUGCAGCUUGCUUUUUCUGAAAAUUAUUUGAAGCUGUGAGAACACAUCUAUCAAAUAGGAUUUGGUUCCUUAAGGUGCUUCUAUCCUGGAUUAAUUGAUAUCAGUGGACCCUACAAUAUUUGUUUCUUGUGCAUUUUCUACUGCUAUGUGAAAUCUCUUCUGAUGUUUCUGCCCGGCUGCAUCUCUAUAGUUACACAUGGAAUUUUUCCUUAUUUAAUUUUAGGAUCUGUAAUUGUAAUUCCUCUUCUGCCAUCAUUUAUCUGAUAAACAAGAAGGCAGAGUAUUUCUUCAGAGUAUUCCCUUUAUAUAAUUUUAUAGACGAACCAAAUUCAA